AUGACGGCUGUUGAGAUCUCGAAUGGAGUACAUAAUUUGAAUCUGAAUGGCAAGCAUGCCGUUCAAGAACCACUCGUUCGUAGGGGGACUAAUGGAGACUUGAUCGAGGGAAAUGGGAGUGCAAAUGGCGCUCAAAAUGGUCACAAGGGAUCCGUCGCAAACAUUCCCCGUGGAGAUGAAUAUGAUGUAGACUUCUCUGACACGAGGAAAUUCGUGGUUAAGCGAUGGGAAGAUAUCGUGCAUUCAGCGACGUCCAGACUUUCCGAACAAGAUCUCAAGGUGGCUUCAGACUAUUUGUACUGGCAUGAUAUCAAAGACGAGAUCCAGGCUAAGCUUAGGGACUCGUCCUCAACUCAGAUCAUGAAACGACAAAUGAGCAGAAUACAAGCCCUGCCGAGCGUCUUGGUCAAGCUAACAAUGACUUUCGAUGGUCUCAUUGUCCCGUUUGAUGUCAAAUUUGAAAUUCUCUGGGGCUUGAUUUUUCUCAAUCUCAAGUUGUCAUACACUUCUCUGGAUCGAUUAAAACGAACUUGUGAUCUUAUGGACAGACUUCGAAAGGUCACCGUACUCUUCAAUCGGUGUCUGGAAACUUGCGACGAAAAGAACGAAGCACGAAUUGCGGUAAUUGAUUUCUUGGAUCCCAUUAUCAUGGUGCUUGUUGAUUGCGUUGAUUAUUUCCAUGAACAUUUGUCCGAAAAAGAAGCAGCAGACACAUGGCCGGACAUGAGAGCGAAUAUCGAUCAGCAGUUGGCAUCACUAGAUUACACCGUCAAGCAUGUCAGCGAAAUUAGCAACUUCUCUAAAGUGAAUCGGGAUCGUCAAGUGAAAAGUUUGUCCUCUCGACAUGCGGCACUGCCAGAUACAGAAGAACCAGGAGUGUUUCCCAAUCGCAUUUUGCCCUUCCAGCGAAACAGAACGUUUUACGGUAGGAAAGAAGAACUUGAUAAGAUUUUGAGGUAUCUCAAGCCAAAGGAUCAAGACGAUGGUGUAGCAAGUUUUCGAACGUACACAAUCUACGGACGUCGUGGAGUUGGCAAGACUGAAAUCGCUUUGCAAUUUGCUCACGUGAAUCCUGGUGGCUACGAUGCGAUUUUCUGGAUUCAGUGCGAGACUUCUGUGUCAAUCAGACAGAGCUUUACCGACGUGGCACUAUCCCUCAAUCUUCCUGGAGCUGCUCGAGAGGGCAAGCACGAAGAGAAUUUGCUUCAGGUUCUGAAGUGGUUGAAAUUGACGAAGAAGAAGUGGUUGUUGAUUUUUGAUAACGCUGAACGAGAUCAGAUUCUACAGAAGUAUUGGCCCGUGGGUGCAAUGGGAGCCAUUCUCAUCACAUCCAGGGAGUAUUAUAACUUCGCCAAAGAUGAAAGUCGGAAAGGAGAUACAGUCAAACCAUUCACAGAAAAUCAAAGUUGGGAGCUCUUACUGAAACUACUCGGAGAAGACUGGGAGAAAGCAGACCGAGAAGGCACCAUCGCCCCGUCUGAAGUCAUAGCCGCCAAGAAAUUCUUGGGCCAGCUUGAGGGUCUAGCAUUAGCUGUACGUCAAGCAGCAGUCAUGAUCAAAGAUCCCAAUAUUGGUGGUCCUACGAUUGCAAAGACGUAUGAAAAGUUCAAGGAACGUAUGCGAACUCUCCCGCCCCGUCACUCUUCUCGCCGUUCGGCAUCCGAAAUCGCCCUCGACUCCCUUUGGGAUAUGACUUUUAGCGCUCUUGGGACUCAUGCAAGAACACUUCUCAGUGUCUUUUCGUGGCUGUCACCUGAUUCCAUUCCUGUUGAUCUCUUCUUACCCCGCAACCAAAGCGUGCUGGACGGCUCGCUGUCUUUCUGCAAACAAGUUCAAAACAUUAACCCUCUCAAGCGUACUUCCAUCAUCAGUGCCCUUUCACCGUCUCCUGAAUUUACCGCAGCCAUCGAUGAAUUGUUGAAGAGGGAACUCAUCAAGCGAGACAAUCGUAUCUAUUCGAUCCAUCGAGUGGUCCAAGAAGCCGUCAAUUACCACGACGAGGACGACCUCCAGAACAGUUUCAACAUUGCAACUGCUCUGGUUCACGAAGCAUUUCCAAAGGUCGUCAUGAACCAGCCUCUGAUCAAAUACUGGACUACUUGUCAAGUGUAUAUCCCGCACGGGGUGUUCCUGAGCAGAAAAUUCGCAGGACACGUGAAGUCGGGGUCGACUGGAAAACUAAAAUCCCUUCCGGAAUUUGUUCAGUUACUUCACCAUUGUGGCUGGUACUUGUACGAGAUCGGCGAUUACGAUGUUUGCAAUCGAGUGGUUGAAACUGCGACUGGGGCAUGUGAAAACAAGAAGUCCCUGUUGUACGCUGACAUCCGGAAUACCGCUGGUGGUCGAUUCUAUGAUCUGAACGAACUAGCUCGCUGUCGAAGAGCCUGGGAGGACACCCUCAAGAUCAGAAAAGAGUUAUUGGAUCAUGACCAUCCACAAAUGGCGGCCAUCUACAACAAUUUCGGUAAUCUGGAACUGUCCACGGGUAAUCCCAAAUGGGCAAAGGAAAAUUUUGACCGUGCGAUGCAAAUCUGGGUUGCUGGUGGUGACAAUACCGCCGUUCAGUUGGCACUUACGCAUCUUUGUGUUGGAAGAUUGCAUACACUGAAAUUGAAUGUCGAAGACGCGUGGAGAGAAACGAAUUUGGCUGAGACUCUUUUCCUAAGGACAAUGGGUGCAGAUAAGGGGUUCAUGGCGAACGUCCAUUACGUCUAUGGAAAUAUCCAUAUGUUGCAGAAAGACUGGGAUCUGGCUUGGAGAUCGUUCGAUGAGUGUCUGAAGAUUGGUUUGGCUACCAUGCCUCUGCAUCCCAUCACAGCAGCAGCGUACUACUCACUCGGCUGUGUGAAGUUUGAGCAAGGAGAACUGGAGCCCGCAAAGGCCUGGCUGGAGAAAGCGCGAUCAAUUGCACAACUCAACAGUCCAGUUGCAGACGAUGGUCCUACUGCUCGCAUUUUAUGGAAACUGGCACAGAUCUUAGAAGCUGAUCCUGAACAAAGGUUCAAUGAGGAAGCUCUAGAUCUGAGGAACAGAGCAGCUAUCGCCAGAGCCAAAUUGCUGGCUUCGGGGAAAGGUGGUGCCAUGGCAUUCUUGCGCGAGGAAGAUGCGGAGGAAGCGGACGACGAGGAGGAGGACUACGAUGUGUUGGUUCCUUUGUUUUAUCGGUAA